UGGAUAAUGCACGAAAACUUUGCAAUUUAUUUUUGAUAAUUUGCUGUCAACAGAUGUCGCCACCUCAAAUUACAAUCGCUAUUUUAAUUUAAGAAACGAAAAACGACGCGUUCCAGUCUCGUAUUUUUUUCCAAGUCAAAAAUCGACAGAUUUCUUUCUUAUAUUGGUUUUUUAAUUCAUUAAAUACCGGUCGUAUUAUGUAGUUAAAUCGGUUGGCAUUGAUAGCUCAAAAAAAGUUCUGUGUCGUGGAAAUCGGUUUAUCAGCUUCGCUUUCUAUUUUAAUUUUGAAAUUUGAUCGAUUGAUUUGCUGGCUCUCGGGCAUGCUGGCAGAGAAAUGUGCCAUUUCUCCGUUUCUGUUGCAUGUAUCAAGUAUCACGUCAAAUCAUUUUUUGAAAUGAGCGGCAUUCAGUCUCAAAUUUAAUGUCUGGAGUCGUUUAACCGAUUAGUUUUAGGUAACGUCAGUAAAAAAAUAAAACCUCCUCCUGUAAAAUCGUGAAAAGUGCAGGUUUACCUUUUGUUCGCUGACGCAGAAUGCAUAAAUUACUUUUUUCCGGACGCGUAACGAUUGCCGGCUUUGGAUUAGCUUAAAUUGUUCGACGUGCCACCAGCGAGGGGGUUGGAACUAUUUUCUUAAGGUCGUUUGUUAAAGGAUGAACAGGGAAGGUACAGCUUUGGAUAUUUUUUGUGUAUACUUGCGCACGACGCUGCCAGUCGUGGUAAAAAUAAAAAUUCACGCACCAGAAGAGGCGUGUCGCGAAUUGUUAAUGUUGACGAACUCAUUUGAUGGAUUAAGUUAUCUCAAGAUUCAAUGAAUUACUUAGAUUUUGUUAAAAGAAGCAUCUAGUAGAAAAAAGCCGACAGUAUGGAAGUGCUCAUCCGUAUAAACAAUCAGACUGCCGGCCGUGACAAACUUGCAAGGCUGCUCCAGUACAUGAGCAGAGCCCUGUGGGCGAUUCUGGAGGGCCGGCCUCGAGUGGUACACAAACUUCAGGGUCUCGAGUACGCCCUGUCAACGUUCCGCAAGCUGCUUCGGUGGGGUCGGUGCAUCGAAGCCCUGCACUCAGCCCUGCAGGCCUUUUCGCACCCUGACGUGGUGCAACGCACCCUGCUUGCCAUCGGACGCAUUUCCAACGCGUGCUUCAUGUUCGCCGACCAUCUUUUGUGGCUCGGCAGGGCCGGGCUCGCCAAGGUCGACGCUAAAAAGUGGACUAGCAUCUCCAACAGGUACUGGCUGUACUCUCUGACGGUGAACCUGGUGCGAGAUUUUAUUGCCCUGAAGGAGGCGAAAGAGCGCAAGGGCUCGAUCGUGAGCGAAGGAGCCUGGAUUGUGGAUACUGUUAAAAACAGCUGCGACUUGCUCAUUCCCCUGACGGCCAUGAACCACCUGAAACUCGGCCCAGCCAGCAUUGGUCUCCUGGGCGUGGCCUCCUCGAUCGCGGGCCUCCUGCCCAUGGUGCAUGCGCCGUUUAAAAUCUAAAUGAUUUUUAAUUAUGCUUGUUGAUUUUGCUCAUUUUAUACUUUUGUUACAAAAAUAAAUUUAAGGAACGGUUAUAGCAAACGCUGUGAUGUAUUCAAUUUAACGAAUAGCAAAUUUAUCAACUAGAAAACUACAGAAAUAAAUUCAAUUUUGUUGGCA